UAUGAUAUAUAUAAAGAGAGAGGGAGAGAGAAGGUAGUUAUGAGGGGUCUUUGUCUGUUCUUCUUCUUUUCUAGUCGUUCUCAAUCUUUACGAUCAAAUCAAAUUAACCUAAAAAGUCGAUCUGGUGGGGACGAUGAGCGGCGAACGGGCGGCGAAAAGGCGGAGAACAGAGCAUUCGGUGGUGAGUGUGUGGGAAAGAGAGCUUGGUCUCUUACCCAAUCGUAAUUUCUCCACCCGUUUUGCAGCCUCCGAGGAUCUAUUGCGCCGUCUGGGUCUUCACAAGAAGCUCUUUAAGCAUAAGGGUUGUGUCAACACUGUCAGUUUCAACGCAGAUGGAGAUAUCUUGCUUUCAGGUUCUGAUGACAAACAAGUUAUCCUUUGGGAUUGGCAGUCUGCUUCUGUCAAACUCUCUUUCAAUUCCGGCCACUCUGACAAUAUUUUCCAAGCCAAAUUUAUGCCUUUCUCCGAUGAUCUUAGCAUUGUCACAUCUGCUGCUGAUAAGCAGGUCCGCUAUUCCAAAAUUCUUGAAUCUGGACAAGUAGAGACUUCUUUGUUGGGUGAACAUCAAGGACCCGUCCACAAAUUGGCUGUUGAGCCGGGGAGUCCAUUCUCAUUCUAUACUUGUGGUGAGGAUGGGGUUGUAAAGCAUUUUGAUCUUAGGACUCGGGUGGCUACAAAUCUUUUCACUUGUAAAGAAGCAAAGUACAAUUUAAUUGUCUACUUGCAUGCAAUUGCAGUUGAUCCGAGGAACCCAGGUCUUUUUGCGGUGGCUGGAAUGGACGAGUAUGCUCGUGUGUAUGAUAUUCGCAGCUAUCGAUCAGAGGGUUGGUAUAAUUUUACCCAACCCGUUGACCACUUCUGUCCUCGCCAUUUGAUUGGAAACGACCAUGUAGGAAUAACAGGUCUAGCUUUCUCAGAUCAAAGUGAGCUCCUUGCUUCAUAUAUUGACGAGUUUAUCUAUCUUUUCACCCCUGAUAUGGGGCUUGGCCCAGCCCCAAAUCCCUCUUCAACUAAAACUCAGGAGAGGAGGACGCCGCAGGUUUAUAAAGAGCACAAGAACCUUAAAACAGUCAAAGGUGUCAACUUUUUUGGACCCAAGUGUGAGUAUGUGGUUAGUGGCUCUGACUGUGGCAGAAUAUUCAUAUGGAGGAAGAAAGAUGGAGAGCUUCUCCGUGCCAUAGAAGCAGACAAACAUGUUGUCAAUUGUGUAGAAUCUCAUCCUCACAUGCCACUGAUGUGUAGCAGUGGAAUUGAAACUGAUAUAAAAAUCUGGACGCCUGGAGGAACCGAGAGACCCAUGUCACCGGGAAAUGCAAAACAGGAUUCAGUUUCUGGUAACCCUCGAUGGUUCCACGGGUAUAAUGUGGAUGAUGAUGAUGAUGAUGAUGAUGAUUCUGACGUUGAAUCUAGUGAUGAGAGUUCAGAUGAUGAUGCUAGUGGGGAGGAGGACGAGAAUGGUGAAGCAGAUGUUGAGAUUUCGAAUGACGAGGAGGACGGGUGAGGAUCUAAUGCUGAGAUAUGUAAAGACAUGUAUUUAUCUUGACAGAAAAAUAAACAGCAUGUGGUACGAAAAGGAAAAGGUUUAGUUUAGUUCAGUUUGAUGUUAUCAUCAUCGUGGACAUUUUGAAAAACAUCGAUAUGCUUAAACAAGAAUAUCUAAACGGGCAGGGCAAAGAGGUUCCAUUGCGCUCA